AAGAGUUCUAGACCCUUUGGCCCACCAUUCACACUUUCAAAAUUCGUCAAUUCACUUCAGUUUUCACAUGUAAAGCAAGACGACUAAUGUGACCAAGAUCUUGGGCAAGAAAGAAAAGAAGAAUCAAAAUUUGUUCUGUGAAGUUAAUUUUGGCACCCCUGUCACAUGAGAAUAUCUUUAAACUAGAAGCAGAGCAGCUCAUUAGCUAGGCAACCAAACGAAAAAACCAUGAAAGGCAUUGCAAGACUUUCCUUCUUCUUCUUCUUCUUCUUCCUCCUCUUCCCAGUUUCUAAAGGUGCAGAUAUCGUAGCUGUAAACCAGACAAUCUCAGAUGGCGAGACUAUAGUUUCAGCUGGGAACAGCUUUGAAUUGGGAUUCUUCAGCCCCAAAAGUUCAAGUUUGCGUUAUGUAGGAAUAUGGUACAAGUUCUCUAAUGAGACUGUGGUUUGGGUCGCCAACAGAGAAGCACCACUCAAUGACACAUCUGGAGUUUUGCAAGUUACCAGCAAGGGAAUCCUGGUCCUCCAUAAUUCAACAAAUGUUAUUUUAUGGUCUACUAACACAUCAAGACAGCCCCAGAAUCCAGUGGCUCAGCUUUUGGAUUCAGGAAAUCUUGUUGUUAGGGAAGCAAGCGAUACCAACGAGGAUCAUUACUUAUGGGAGAGUUUUGACUACCCAGGUAACGUGUUUUUGCCAGGCAUCAAUUUUGGCAGGAACUUGGUUACUGGCCUUGAUACGUACUUGGUGUCAUGGAAAAGCUCUAACGAUCCUUCAUUGGGUGAUUCAACAACUAGGCUUGAUCCUGGUGGAUAUCCACAGAUUUAUAUCAGGGUUGGUGAGAACAUAGUCUUCCGAUCAGGACCAUGGAAUGGUGUUAGAUUCAGUGGGAUGCCUAAUUUGAAACCGAACCCGAUUUACACUUAUGGGUUUGUUUACAAUGAGAAGGAGAUUUGUUACAGGUAUGAUCUGACGGACAGUUCAGUUGUUUCGCAUAUGUUGCUGACCAAUGAAGGAAUUUUGCAGCGUUUCACCUGGACUAAUACCACAAGGACAUGGAAUCUGUACCUGACAGCCCAGAUGGAUAAUUGUGAUCGGUACGCAGUGUGUGGUGCAUAUGGAAGUUGUAACAUCAACAAUUCUCCUCCUUGCGCGUGCUUGAAAGGGUUUCAACCAAAAUCUCCUCAAGAAUGGGAAUCUGGGGAUUGGUCUGGAGGAUGUGUUAGGAAGAAUGAAUCAAUUUGCAGGGCAGGAGAGGGGUUUCAGAAGGUACCAAGUGUGAAAUUGCCAGAUACAAGGGCAUCCUCGUUUAAUUGGACAAUGGACUUUGAAGAAUGCCGAAGGGUGUGCUUGAUGAAUUGUUCUUGUACAGCUUAUUCAACUUUGAAUAUCACAGGUGGAUCUGGAUGCUUGCUUUGGUUUGAUGAGCUUCUUGAUAUCAGAGAGUACACUGUAAAUGGGCAAGAUUUUUACAUUAGAGUAUCUGCUUCUGAUUUAGAGCCAACCAGCAUACCUAAGAGGAAGACGCGAGUGUGGAUUAUAGCCAUCUGUUCAUUGGUUGCUGGAGUUACCAUUCUAGGCGUUGGCCUGCUGUUUCUGAUGAGGAGGAAGCCUAAGACAGUAGGAAAGAUGGUUUCAAUGAGAGAAAGAGACAUAAUUGAUAGCACCGAUAAAGAUCUAGAGUUGCCAGUAUUUGACCUCGCAACCAUAGCAAUUGCCACUAGCAAUUUCUCAGAUGACAAUAAGCUUGGAGAGGGUGGAUACGGACCUGUCUACAAGGGCACGCUUAAAGAUGGGAAAGAGGUAGCUGUAAAGAGGCUUUCAAAGACUUCCACACAAGGACUUGAUGAAUUCAAAAACGAAGUUAUAUGCAUUGCGAAACUUCAACAUAGAAAUCUUGUGAAACUUCUUGGUUGCUGCAUUGAAUCUGAAGAAAAUAUGUUGGUCUACGAAUACAUGCCCAACGGAAGCUUGGAUACCUUCAUCUUUGAUAAAAAGCAGAGCAAAAUAUUGGAAUGGUCUAUGAGGCACCACGUUAUCAAUGGGAUUGCCCGUGGACUUCUUUAUCUACAUCAAGAUUCCAGGCUAAGGAUCAUCCAUAGAGAUCUUAAAGCUAGCAAUAUAUUGCUGGACUUUGAAAUGAACCCAAAAAUCUCAGAUUUUGGCAUGGCCAGGAGUUUUGGUGGAAAUGAAAUUCAGGGAAACACAAAAAGAGUGGUUGGAACAUAUGGCUAUAUGUCUCCAGAGUACGCAAUUGAUGGGCUCUUUUCUAUAAAGUCUGAUGUAUUUAGCUUCGGUGUUUUGGUGCUAGAGAUAGUAAACGGGAAGAGAAACAGAGGAUUUUUUCAUCCAGAACACAAGCACAACCUUCUUGGUCAUGCAUGGAGACUUUACAAGGAACAAAAGUCAUUCGAGUUGAUCGACGAAUCUUUAAACAAUACCUGCGAUUUAUCUGAAGUCUUGCGAGUGAUCCAUGUCGGUUUACUGUGUGUGCAACAAGCUCCGGAGGACAGGCCUACUAUGUCAACUGUGGUGCUAAUGUUGACCAGUAACAUUACAUUGCCUGAACCAAAAGAGCCUGGAUUUUUCACAGAAAGGAAGUUAUUUGAUCAAGAGUCUUCAUCUAGCAAGGUGGAUUCGUGUUCCGCAAAUGAGAUUACUAUUACACUGUUAACUGCUCGAUGACAGACAAUUUUAAAAGGCAUGAAUUCUUCAUUCAUGGAAGGCCAAACUAUUUUGUUCCUUUUGUCUAUUGUUUUCUUCUUAUCAAUCCCCUCUACAGCAAUAGACACCAUCAAUGCCACUCAAUCACUAAAAGAUGGGGACACCCUGGUCUCAUCACAAGGCCAUUUUGAGCUGGGUUUUUUCAGUCCUGGAAAUUCCAGAAAUCGGUACGUGGGAAUAUGGUACAAGAAGAUAUCUAGCUUUACAGUAGUAUGGGUUGCCAACAGAAAUACUCUUCUAAAUGAUUCAUCAGGAAUGUUGAAGUUUGUUGACCAUGGAAAUCUCGCCAUUAUCAAUAGUACAAAUGGCACUAUUUGGUCCUCAAAUUUAUCAAGGGCAGCAAUCAAUCCAGUUGCACAACUUCUGGACACAGGAAAUCUAGUUGUGAGAGCUGAAAAUGACAAUGACCCUGAAAAUUUCCUAUGGCAGAGUUUCGAUCAUCCAGGGGACUCGUUUUUACCAGGCAUGAAAUAUGGUAUAAGCUUCGUGACCGGCCUCAAUCGAUACCUGACAUCCUGGAAGAGCCCCAGCGAUCCUUCUACAGGUAAAUAUACAAAUAAGCUUGAUCCAAAUGGAUUGCCACAGUACUUUUUAUCUCAGGGUUCAGUUGACCAGUUCAGGUCAGGACCCUGGAAUGGACUGAGGUUUAGUGGUAUGAUAAAUUUGAAGCCAAACCCAAUUUACACAUUUGAGUUUGUUUUCAAUCAAGAGGAAAUAUAUUACAAGUAUCAAAUCGCUAACAGUUCAGUUCUUUCGAGGAUGGUGUUAAGUCCUGAUGGUGUCCUGCAGCGUUUCACUUGGAUCGAUCGAACUCAAGAUUGGAACCUAUACUUGACAGAAAAUAUGGAUAACUGUGACAGGUUUGCAUUAUGUGGUGCACAUGGUGUUUGUAACAUCAACAACUCCCCAGCCUGUGAUUGUUUGAAAGAGUUUGAGCCAAAAUCCCUGGAAGAUUGGACAGCUGCAGAUUGGUCACAAGGAUGUGUUCGAAAGGUCCCAUUGGAUUGCAGCAAUGGAGAAGGUUUUAUAAAAUAUACUGGGAUUAAAGUGCCAGACACACGGAAGUCUUGGUAUAACAAGACAAUAAACCUUGAAGAAUGUGAGGAGGUCUGUUUGAAGAAUUGUUCCUGUACAGCCUACGCGAAUUUGGAUGUUAGAGAUGGAGGAAGUGGGUGUGUUCUGUGGUUCGGUGACUUGAUUGAUAUCAGGCAAUACAACGAAAAUGGGCAAGAUAUCUAUAUAAGGAUAGCUGCUUCUGUAAUAGAUAAACGUGUCAAAUCCAGAGGGAAGAAACGAGUAAGGAUCAUUGUUAUUCCCGAAUCACUAGUGGCAUUUUCCCUCUUAGCCCUUUGUCUGUUCUUGCGUAUCCUGAGGAAAAACAAGAAACGGCAGCUAACAAGAGAAGAGCAAGACCGCACCAAGGAAAGCAGAAAUGAAGAUUUAGAGCUACCACUGUUUGAUUUGGCUACAUUAACAGAUGCAACCAAUUGCUUUUCGAUAAACAACAAGCUUGGCCAGGGUGGUUUUGGACCAGUCUACAAGGGUAUACUGCAAGAUGGACAAGAAAUAGCAGUGAAGAGGCUAUCUAAAAGGUCACGACAAGGAAUAAAUGAGUUCAAAAAUGAAGUUGUAUGCAUUGCCAAACUUCAGCAUCGCAACCUUGUGAAGCUUUUAGGAUGCUGCAUUGAAUUAGAAGAAAGGAUGCUGAUAUAUGAAUACAUGCCAAACAAAAGCUUGGACUCUUUCAUUUUUGAUAAAAGGCGAAACAUGUUGCUGGACUGGACUAAGCGCUUCCCCAUUAUCAAUGGGAUUGCAAGGGGACUUCUUUACCUUCAUCAAGAUUCAAGACUCAGAAUCAUACAUAGAGAUUUAAAAGCAAGCAAUAUUUUGCUGGAUUAUGAGAUGAAUCCAAAAAUUUCAGACUUUGGCAUGGCUAGGAGUUUCGGAGGGGAUGAAACUAGCGCAAAAACAAGCAGAAUUGUUGGGACAUAUGGUUACAUGUCGCCAGAGUACGCAAUCGAUGGCCUCUUCUCAGUGAAAUCGGAUGUAUUUAGCUUUGGUGUUCUGGUACUAGAGAUAGUGAGUGGAAGGAAGAAUAGAGGAUUCCGUCACGCAGAACACAAGCUCAAUCUUCUUGGACAUGCAUGGAUGCUACAUAAGGAAGGAAGACCCCUGGACUUGAUUGAUGAAUCUAUUGUAGACUCAUGCAUUAUAUCAGAAGUCUCGCGAUCAAUCGAAGUAGCACUAUUGUGUGUUCAAAAAAGUCCUGAAGAUAGGCCUAAAAUGUCAACUGUGGUUCUAAUGUUAAGCAGUGACAUUGUUUUGCCUCAGCCCAAGGAGCCUGGUUUUUUCACAGAAAGGGAUCUUUCGAGCGAUCCUUCGUCAACAAUCAAGCAUGAAAUCUCUUCAGUAAAUGAAUUAACCUCUACCUUGUUAGAGGCUCGGUAAAACUUGUGAUAGUUCGGAGAUAUUCAACAUUUCCUCUCUCUCUCUCUCUCUCUCUCUCUCUCUCUUUCCCGAGUACGGCUACGCACUUCGGAUCUAAGAGAAACAAAAGAUGGUUGCAUAAUGAUUAACUCUUUCAACUGCAGGAACCGUCUUCCUUUAAUCUUUCAUCUAAUAUGUGAGAACAGGGAAAUGUCAAGAAAUCAUCUCUAGCCUUGUGUUAAAUAAAUUUCCCAGAAUCAAAAUGCAAGCACAUAAAUGGAAAUAUUGAGAAAA